CGGUAAUAGAAAAAAUUAACUACCUUAAGUAUGCAUUUUAAGGAGAAGGUGUUUGGAAAAGUUAACAUGAUUACUUUUCAAUUUUUGUGUAUUUUUGUAAGUAUAUUUGCUCUUACACGAUGUUCGAAUCAGCCUCAAGUGACAAUAUUUCAAGGAACCCUUAAGGGAUUCUAUUUAAAGACUCUCAAUAAUCGCUCGAUUGCUAGCUUUGAAGGAAUACCUUUUGCAAAGCCUCCUAUUGGAGAAAACAGAUUCAAGAAGCCUAUAGCUGCUGAUCCAUGGUAUGGUAUCUUAAAUGCUACAAGAGAACCCCCAAUUUGCUUGCAGUAUGAUUUCUUUAUUCACCCUCCUGUUUUAUCAGGAUCAGAAGACUGCUUAUUCAUCAAUGUAUACACCCCUAAAUUGCCAACAGGUGAAGAGAAGCCUAAAUUACUAGAUGUUCUAGCAUUCAUUCAUGGUGGUGCAUUCGUAACUGGAAAGUCACUAUCAUACAAACCUUUUGUGCUACUUGACAGGGAUAUUCUUUUGGUUACAUUCAAUUACAGGCUAGGACCUUUAGGAUUCCUUAGUACAGAGGAUGAUGUUGUACCUGGAAACAAUGGUUUGAAAGAUCAAGUUUUAGCUUUACAAUGGAUUAAAAAAAAUAUAGCAGCAUUUGGUGGGAAUCCUGAAAAAGUUACAAUAGCGGGGCUUUCAGCAGGAGGAGCUAGUUGCCAUUUUCAUACUUUAUCUCCUUUAAGUAGAGGUUUGUUCAAAGGUGCCAUAUGCUUAAGUGGAAUUGCUUUGAAUCCGAUGACAGUAACUAACUCCAUAGAAAAAGCCAAGAUGAUUGCUAACGAACUCGGUUGUCUUACAAAUGAUUCUCUUCUGAUGAUAAAUUGUUUAAGAAAUAGGCCAGCAGAACACAUUGUGGAAUUGACCAAGAAACUUUUGGUUUGGAGAUCACACCCCAUGGUUCCCUUUGGACCUGUCAUUGAACCUGUAGGUCCAGAUGCUUUUAUUUCAGAGAAACCAAUAAAUAUUAUUGGGAGAAGAGCUGCAGCUGAUGUUCCUAUGAUAAUAUCUUUUACCUCUGAUGAAGGCUUAGUUGGUGUUACAGAUAUUGUUAGUAACGCUGAAUUAUUCAAUGAAUUGCUGAACCGCUGGGAUGAACUUAUGCCUCAUAUGAUGGGUUAUAAUUUCAAAGAAUCAUUCGAUAAAAUGGAAAUAAGCAGAAAAAUUAGAGAGUAUUACAAAAUUGAUGAUAUCACCAAUGGUCGUAAAAAUUUAAUCAAGAUGGUUGGAGACCGUUACUUUUUGGCUGGAAUCAGUAAGCUUGCUAAAUUGCACUUAUCUUUCAAUUCUGCUCCAAUGUAUAUUCAGAAGUUUUCAUACAGGGGAAAGCAUUCUGUCACUGAAUUACUGAAUGUUAAAGAAAAUUUAGGUGUUUGUCAUGGUGAUGACGUUUUUUACACUGUUCGUGAUUAUGGAGUUUGGAAACAAUUUGAAGAACCAAUGGAUGCGGAAAUGUCAGAAUGUAUGAUAGACAUGUGGAUUUCAUUUGCUGCUAAUGGAACAUUGGAUGAAAAAUGGCACCCUUUGAAUAAAAAAGAUUUAAAAAUUAUUUUUACUGAUAUCAAAGGACCCAAUACCUUAAAAUUGUCCAUGGCAGAUGAAUUGGGAGAAGAAAGUUUCUGGGACAGUUUAGGUUUAAAUGAAAAUAUUGAACCUACCUUGAGUCAUGUAGAACUAUGAGUUGAAUUAUAAUUAAUUCUGUAAAUUGCAACAGCUCUUUUAAUUUGACUUAUUAUUUAUUAAAUGUUUUUAUUUAUUUUAUUCUUAUUAAUAAAUCUU